CCUCAGGCCCAGCUAAUAGGUAGGGCGGCCCAACCAUAGCGAUUAAAAAAAAGAUUCCAAAGAAAUUGGGCUAACUUUCUCUAUUUGGGUAUCUUUAAAUUGAGAAUUUAAUUGCUGAGGGAAAAAAAAGGAAUUGAGAAUUUAAUUAAAGGUGACUGUUGACAUUACGGGCUGAACCGCAGCAAGAGAGGCCUUGUCGAAGUCUGUUAAAUUGUUAAUACGUUUUUCCAAAUGAAGAAAGGAAGAGCAUAGAGAUCCAUCUCACAAUCCCAUUUCAGCAGCCUUCCAUUUUUGGUGAUUUUGCCAUCUUGCAAAAUGCAAUAAGAUAAUGAAUGCUAAAACCACACCACGUUAUCAUAAUGGCAUUUUCAAUGAGGGAGCCAAAUGGGUCUUGGAGUUGGAAUUGGAUGAAGAUGAUAAUGGUAGAGAGAGUUUUGUUUAGAGAAGAGUUAAUAUGAAUGUAGGAUCGCUCGGUUCUUAUCGAGUUAUUAGUUUGAAAAAGGACGAUAGAUAGAGAUAGAUACUAAUAUAGAUAAAGAUUUAAUAGAUUUCGCAUAUGGUCAAGAUGUUAAGAUCCCCAUUUUUAUGUGGAUCGUACAUCCAAAGACAAUACUCGCUCACGAUUCCUUGAAGAAGAGAGGUUGGAGCCUCCCAAGCAGAUGUUUUUUGUGUGCCUACAGCGAGGAGGACGCCACCCACAUGUUUAUCAAUUGCAGCUUUUGUAGCAAGAGUAUGGAACUUGCUACGACCUUUUGUGCGCAUUGGUUCAAUCCCGAGAAAUGUUUCACAGGCAAUACAGAGUCCUGGCCAAAGGCGGAAACCAAGCAACCCGAAAAGAAUGGGGUGUAACGAUGAUGACGUCUGUACUAAGUUCAUCAAAACGACAUCAUUUUAUUUAGCAUCCUAAAAUCAAUCUUAUAAGUUGUGGUUCAACCUGAUUAUACCGGUCGGCAACCUACCGGUUUAACAACCAUUGGCAACCACACAAAGAUUUUUUAUAUUAUUAUUAUAAUUGUUUUGUUUUCUUUAUGAACCGGGUACUAAUAAAUAAAUAAAAAUAAAUUAAACGUGGGCAGUCUCUUUCUUUCUCACAGUCACAGCCAGCAACACGAAAACCUCGAUGAUCUCCGUCACUCAUCUCUCGCCACGUGUAAAAAUCGACGGACGGGGAUCCACCACUCCCAUCCCCUUCCCCCUUCCAAAAUUUUCCUUCUCUCUGUCUUGCUCUUGCCUUUUUUUGUCUCACUCCCCACUCCACUCCGUCGCCAUAUAAACAAACUUAUCCUUCUCUCUUCCUUCUCAUUCGUUCGUAUUCUUCCUCCGUAGCGCCCUGUUUGGCCAGUCUAUAAAUAGAGAGCGUUCAGCGUAGCGCUGCUGAAGCAGUCUGUGUCACUCACUAUUCUACUGCUUCCUCCUCCACUUUUCACUCCUAUCCAACCACGCGGUUUGCCAAACGAGGUAUAAUAAGGGGGAAGGAAUAGAAGAAAAAAAAACGAUUUCAUACACCUUGGAAAGAAUGAACAUGGGAGAAUCGGCGGCGGCGGCGGCUGGGAGUAACAGCAAUGGGAAUAAUGAUGACAGUGGGGAGGUGGUGAAAUCGCGGUUCAAGAGGGUCUGUGUUUUCUGCGGGAGCAGUAGUGGGAACAGGAACUGCUACAAGGAUGCAGCCAUUGAUCUUGCUCAGGAGCUGGUGGCGAGGAAGUUGGAUCUCGUAUAUGGCGGCGGGAGUAUUGGGCUGAUGGGGCUGGUGUCUCGAGCUGUGCACCACGGCGGCGGCAGCGUUCUUGGGAUCAUACCCAGGACCUUGAUGUGCAAGGAGAUCACUGGUGAAACAGUUGGUGAGGUGAGGCCAGUAGCCGACAUGCAUCAAAGGAAAGCAGAAAUGGCCCGCCAAUCUGAUUGCUUCAUUGCCCUACCAGGUGGGUAUGGGACCCUGGAAGAGUUGCUGGAAGUAAUCACUUGGGCUCAGCUUGGAAUCCAUGAUAAGCCAGUGGGUUUACUAAAUGUGGAUGGCUACUACAACAACCUACUGAUCUUCAUCGACAAAGCUGUGGAUGAUGGCUUCAUCAAGCCAUCACAGAGGAACAUAUUUGUCUCAGCUCCUAAUGCCAAGGAGCUUGUUCAGAAGCUUGAGGAGUACGUUCCAGUGAAAGAUGGAGUCAUUGCCAAGGCUAAGUGGGAAGUUGAGCAGCAGCAGCAGCAACCACCACAACAGCAACAACAGGGGGGGUUCAAUGCUACUACUUCUACUACUGCUGCAGCUACUACCACCACUCAUACUACUCUGCAGCAGACCGAGAUAGUUCUAUGAAUGCAAAAGGAAGGACAGGUAGGGGAAGGAAUGGAUGGAAAGAAAUGAAUAGUUAGGGUAAAAGGUGGGGUUAGGCCUUUUUCUCUCUUUUGCUUUCUAGUCUGAUUUUUUGGGGUCGGAGUUGAGAGACCACCCAUAAUGGGUAUGAUGGUGUUGGUUUUGAACUUUGAUUGAAUGACUUGGCUAGACGAAAAGGUGGGGGCUUUGUGUCUUUUCAUUUUAGUAUAUGUAUGGCUAAUGAUGGAAGAAUAGGGAUUUUGGUUAACUACAAUGAUAUGUUGUUGACCUCAGGUUAAGCUUUCUUUUGUAAUUGGAAAGAUCCUUUUGGGAGUAUCAAUAUGUACAAAACAUUAUUGUUAAUUGUUAUUAUUUAUUAUAAUAUAAUAAUAUAAUAUAGGAUGCAUGAAAGAAAAAGCCAUAACCUAAAACUCCUUUGUCCCUUUGCCUUUAUUUCUUUGUUUCUGCUAUAGUGCCAGGAAGGCAGGAACCGUUAUUUGAUUGGUGCAAAGCUUGGAGAGAACAUUAGUGGUAAAUAAUUAUAAGCUACUAGUGGUGAGAACGAGGCAUUGGUCAUUUUACCUCUUUGGUGAAUGUAUGGCAGAAAGGGCAGCCUGGGUUUUUUUUGGGGUUCUGCUGAUAUUUUGAUCAGCCUGCCCUGGUGGUACUGUUACAGCUCAUUUGCAGGGACAAUGGGCAUCGCCAUGGCUAUGGCACUGGCAGGUCCUUUUUUUUUAUUCAACUGUAGCUGGCCUGGGGAGAGAUUACCCUUGACUACUUGAGGCAGUUUUGUAUCUGUGCUUUCCCUGUAAAAAGCACUGUGCAAAGGGCAGAGAGAGAGAGAGAGAGAGAAUGAUGAAUGGUCUGGUGAUAAAAGAAGGAAAAGGAGGGGCUGGGAGACUCAUCAUGGUGAUGACCUUACCUAGCAGAAAAAAGAGGGAUACAAAUCAAGUCUGGGUUUUCAGAAUUUGCCAUACUUGAAGGGUUAUCCAUCAUCACCCAUCUCCACUAUGUAUCUUCUACCACUCAAAGCUUCUUCUGGGCCUCCCUCCAUUUGGGAAAUAUGGUUAAUGAGGUUUGCCCCCAAUACUUGGAAGUUGGAAACCAAAAGAAAAAACAAUGGUGGUCAAGUGGGGUUUCAUGCAUGUCUUAUCCCUAAUUUGUUGGAAGUUAUAUAAUGUUUGAUGGUACUAACAUGUAUUAUCCAUCCAAGAUGGAAAUCACAAUGUGGUAGAUUUUCAUUGGUCUAAUUUAACUUUGUAAAACUCCUACUAGGAGUGGGGAGGGUUGGAUUAAUCCGGGUUUCUUUUAUCGGCCGUCUACAUUAAGAGCUGCUAUAAUUUGUAUUCACUAACAAUUUGAACGCUAAAUUGUGAAAUUGAUAUAUAAUGGUCACACCUCCUAUUAUCAUCAACUUUUUUUAUACAAAGUAUCUAGAUGAGCAUGCCAAUUUGAUAAAAAGAAAAAACGUGGACAAUACAUAGUUAUCGUCGUGGACAAAAUGGAGCCGCUAACGGCUAAGGGCGUUCUUCAUAAAGUUGGGUUGGAAUUCGCUAUGUUGAGCGGAAAUAGUUUGGUCAUAUCAUCAUCAUUAAAAUUUGGUUGAGUUGACAUGUUAACAGUUCUAUCAGAAAACCUUCAAGAGACGAAAUGGAUAACUAUUAAUAUUAGUUAUUAUAGACUUCGGUUUUGAAUCGAAGUGAUCCUCUUCAUAUGCAAUUGACCUUACUUCUUCUAUCUCUUCCUCUACUAUCAUGAGAUGACAUUGGUCCAAGAAGUACAAUGCAUGUAAGAACAAAGCAAACCCAUGGUGGGUUAUGAGAGAGCCAAAAAGAAGCACCCAACUUGGGCAUGUUUUGCAGGAGGGAGUUUUGGAGCAAUGUGACUCUUCUUAUCAACUAGCCAUUAGCUUUGCUGCUGCUCUGUGCUGUAUGUAAUGUAAGAGCUUGUAAGCACUCUCUCUCUCUCUCUCUCUUGAGCUUCAUGGUCCCUUACCUUAGCCACAAAUGGGGCAAAGGUUCCAGAGAAAAUAUGCAGUGCCUUGUACAACUAGAAGCCUGCACCACACUUUCUCUUCUUUUACAAGGUUAAAAAAACCUAAAAUGAAAAGAAUAGGGACCAUUUUCCUUUUGGUGGGAGGGCAUAUAAUGCUUGUGUUAACCCCACAAACAAAAAGGGUUGGAACUUUGGGAACAAUUGUCUUUAGGGCAGAAAGAAACACUUGUUUAAUUGGCAACCCCAUUGUACGAGCCAAACUUGUUUUUGGAAAUGUAGAUAAUGAAAUUCAGACCCCAAAUUUGGUGAGCAAUUGCACUAUCAUGUAACAUUGUCCCCUCCCAUCACUCUCUCUUUUGCCUUGAGAGGAGAAGUCCAAGUGAACUUCUGGUUGUUGAUCUUUCUUACCUUCACCAUGGCUUUCAGUUGGGUCCACAUGCAUGUGAUCAUCGUGGUCUAGUUCGAAUUGAAAUUGGUAACGGGAGAAGUUAAGAACUCGAUAGCGAAAUAUACGAACUUAGGAUGGAUACAAAUUUUAGUGGAGUAAUACGUUUCUUCACAAUUUUCAAGCACAACCAUCUGUUGCAUUUGCCAAUAGGUUUUCGUAUAAGAAAUAUGCAACAACUAGAUACGAUUAUGUUGUCACACUGAAUGUAGAAUAUUCGAGUUCUGUGGCUGGCUUGAUAAUUUUCACCCUUACUAUAAUCAUGCAGCUUGUGAACCCAUUUGUCAAAACUAUAUCUAUAUCAACUUCAUGAAUGUUUUACAAAGUUUCAAGCAUUAACCUUUAUAUGUGGAUAGACUUAAUCGGACUCGUGUUGCAAUAAAAUGUCACUACAAAUAGCAGUAGUAUUCAAAAUCGAGUAAACCAGUUUUUUGGAAGAGGCCAGAAGAAGUAACUUCGUAGAAGCAAGGAAUCGGGUCAGCUGGGUGCUAACCCCUAAGGUAGACCACCCCCUUCGACACUCGAUAACCAUAUGAUACGUGCGAUAACAAUGGGGUUACACUCGAUUCAAUGAUCGUAGAAAGCCCUGGGAGGAAGUCACCCGAAACCCUGACCGGAUUGAAUAUCCUAGCCAUGGAAAUGUCUAUUAAGUUGUUUCCAAAUGAAAACUAUAGUCUGAUCAUUUGAUGUGAGAGUAGCUAGCUAGUUAUCCACAAGAGAAGUAAAAGAGGAUGUAAGGUUUUGCCAUCACUUCAAUACUCCUCUCAUAUCUCAUCAACUUGUUCCUGACAAUACGCCCCUUUGUUUGCAUUCUUUCUUUGCCCUUUCCAACGGUUGGGCCCACCAAUAACUAGCUUGCUGCAAAAUGUGUCAUAGGCGGGUUGGGAUUUGGGAUGGGAUGUAAAAGAAAAAAGAUAUAAAUGGCCGGUUUAAUAUUCGGCUAUAAUUAGAAACCCAGCCGAAUUGGGCUUUAACAUCGGCCUAAUUUCAUGCAGGCCACCAAAAUCGCUGGGCUUGACCCAAUAGUUUUUCAUGCAUGAAUGUUGUCCUAACGAGAGGGGUAUCCUUUCAGGAUAUUGACAACCCUAUUUUGGGUUGAUACGAUGGACCUCUGGAAAGCUAUUCAGUGGUGUAAGAACUGUGGAUUCACCCGGGUUCUCGAUUUGAAGGUGAUGCUAAGAUGGUUAUUGACAAGACAAACUUCAAGGAUGUACGGGAUAGUCAUGUUGGGGUCGUUAUUGAGGAAGUUAUUCGUAUGUUGGCUAAUUUUCAUGUUCAAUUUGUAGGUCGGAUAAGGUAGCACAUCUUGUAGAUCGGAAUACCCUUUCUUUGUCUCAGACCUCGUGUCGUAUCUUUGAUCUUUGUGUUCCUGGAUUAGAUCCAGAGUGUAAUCUAUGAUCUUUCUAUCAAUCAAUAUGUUUAUCUUUUGUAUAAAAAAAAAACUCAGAAAAGUUUUAACUUUGCAUGCAUGGUUCACUUGUCGACAACGAAAGGUCAUUAUUCCACUUGAUAACGCAAGUGACGCCUUAACAAACUACUUUCGGAUAUGGUCGGCGGUUCCUUAUUCCAGGCUCUAUUUUCUUGACAUAUUUUAGCAUGGUGGCGAGAAUAACUGAUAUCCCAUCGAUACCGACUCGAUUGAAUAGGGGUAGAAGUCGAACCAAAUCAAUUAUUCGAUCGGUAGUAUGGAUAAAAUUCGAAACUUUAU